GCGUCGGGGGCGUUUCUUAGCAUCCUGCUUUGUCAGGUUUUACCAGCUUUACUUGUUGUACUCCGUUACCAUGUCCGAAACGGCGCCUCCAGCUUCCGCCGCUUCAGCUGAUCCUCAGAAAUCGGCAGCUGGCAAGAAGGCCAAGAAACCAGCUAAGGGUGCAGCAGCCACCAGGAAAAAACCCGCGGGCCCAUCUGUGUCGGAGCUGAUCGUGGAGGCUGCUGCUUCCUCCAAGGAGCGUGGUGGUGUGUCAUUGGCUGCCCUUAAAAAGGCGCUGGCGGCCACCGGCUACGAUGUGGGAAAGAAUAACAGCCGCAUUAAGCUGGGCGUUAAGAGCCUGGUAAGCAAGGGCACAUUGGUGCAGACGAAGGGCACCGGCGCCUCAGGUUCCUUCAAGCUCAACAAGAAAGCAUCCUCCGUGGAAGCCGAGGGCGGCGCCUCAAAGGUGGCGGCGAAAACGAAGGCAACGGGCGCAUCUAGAAAGCUCAAAAAGGUCACGGGGGCUGUUACCAUAAAAAGCGUGAAGACUCCGAAAAAGGCUAAAAAGCCUGCCGCCACAAGAAAGCCCUCGAAGAGUCCCAAAACUGUAAAGCCCAAAAAAGUAACCAAAAGCCCUGCUAAAACCAAGGCUAUAAAACCCAAGGCGGCCAAGGCUAAAGUGACGAAGCCAAAGACUGCCAAACCCAAGAAAGCAGCACCCAAGAAAAAGUAAAUUCCAGUUGGAAGCUUCUUACAUUAACCCAACGGCUCUUUUAAGAGCCACCUACAUAUUUCAGGAAAAGAGCUGUGGUACACAGGUAGAAUCCCCCAGUAAAAUGGAAGACGCCCGCAAUUGUAUUAGUAUCAUUUGGAGAGUCAAGAGAAACUUUAACAUAGGUUGAGUAAAGCUAAUUGCUACCAGAUGAGGCUAUCAAAGAUAGCAAGGUGACUUAAAAUGCGCCGAAUAAAGAAAAUCGGUGUUUUACAGUUACCUGGGGCUUUUUCUGUAAGUAGCCCGAAGUCCCGCGUCUCACAAAGCUAAUUAGUCAUAAUCGUGUAAAACCAAGAUCGAAUCCCCGUCUCGGGCUUGAGGCUUUUUAUUAUGUGCAAGGUUAAAGUGGGAACAUUGACUUCUUGGGUCAAUAUUGCCAAAGGUAGCUUUUUCUGAAAUUGGGAAAUGCUUCUUAGUUGGUAAAAUUCAUGGCUUAACCACUCCUUCGCAGGAGUGUUUAGCGGGCUGUCUGUCCUUGGGGAUGACAGUGACCCUGCUGGCGUGGCUGGCGCCCACGUUGGCAUCCUCUAAAAUCCCCACCAGGUAGGCCUAGUUCGCUUGCUUUCUGCAGCGCCAUCAUGACAGAACUUUGAAACGCAAAAUGCUCUUGCUUUGCGCAGCGUCUUAUUAUCCUGGGUGCAUUUGAGGGCUAUCGAUUUGGCUUAGGCCUUCGUCAGGACAAAGGAUCUUAGUUGCAGUGGAGUUUUACAGCUGAAAUCCAAAAGCCCUUGUUCGGUGUCUGUUUAUAGAAACAGAAGCGCUCUGAUUGGAUAUUUGAAAAUUGCUGUGCUUAACUGGAUCGUGUUUCACAGGAUUUUCAACCCUGGUGGAGUCCAUACAUUAAAUACUGAAGAUCCUUUUCUGAGGACUGCCCCUUUAAGCUUUUGCAAUUUUAAUUCUGGGGUUCAGAUUUUAAUAACUGGAUUUUUGUUUACAUCUGACAAAAACAGUAGUAUAUGAUCAGCCAAGUUUACUCACUUUUCCUUAGUGCAGCUCAAUUAGUUCUAAAAGUUUAUUUUUGCAUGUGAGUUAAUAAUCAGUUGUAUUUUUCAAACUGUCAGUCUUUUUUCAUUUGCUUUGCUUAGCUACUUUCACCAACUAAAGUCAGCAAUACAGGCACAUCACAUCCCUGUUCCCCCUCCCUCAAACCAGUAUGUAGUAGCUACGUAUGUAUUCCUUUAAAAAAAAAAAAAAAACGGUUUUUUUGCACCUAUUUUUGUGAGAAAUAUGUUUUUCUUUGAACUAAGUCUUUUACAUACCCCUAUAUACAUGCAUGGUUUUGUUUUUUCAGUUUUGUUUUUUAAUGUUUUGACACAGGGUCUCACUCUGUUGUCCAGAUUAGACUACAGUGGCAUAAUCGCAGCUCACUGUAACCUCCAACUCCUGGGCUCAAGCUAUCCUGCCACCUCAGCAUCCAGAGUAGCUGGAAUUGCAUGCCCACAUUACCAAGCCAGGAUAAUGUUUUAUUUUUUGUGGAGACAGUCUCACCAUGUUGCCUAGAAACUGGCCUCAAGCUAUCCUCGGCCUCCCAAAGUGUUGACAUUAUAGUCACUGUGCCUAGCCUGGUAUGCAUAGUUGGUUUGUCUUGAUUA